CACGAAUAUCAAAGCAAAACCAACGGCAGGGAUGCAAUCUCAGAGUCUAUUUAAAGAAAAGUAACAGAAGAAACAAACAGUUAGCCCUCUCCCGCCAUUUCCUCCAAACCUCUCCAUCCCCCACUGAUCCUACCUGGUCUCCUCUCACCAUCUUCAUUUGCUCAACCCCCAACCAAAUACAUGGACCUUGUUCUUUGAUUGGGAAGCCUACCCCUUCCCCUUCAAGGACCUCUCCUUCCCCAUCUCCACCACAAUGGGUAACUGCAACUGCUUCUCCAAUGGCAAGUCCUCCAAUUCCACUCCUCCCCCUCCAGCCACCUCCAAGGAACCCAAGCCAUCCCAGAAGCCAGCUCCUACACCUCAAGCCCCAACCAAGCCUCCGGCGAAGCCGGCCGCCAUUGGUCCGGUCCUCGGCCGUCCUAUGGAAGAUGUUCGUGCAACAUAUUCCAUUGGCAAAGAACUCGGCCGUGGCCAAUUUGGUGUCACACACCUUUGCACACAUAAGGCCACUGGUGAACAGUUUGCUUGCAAGACAAUUACCAAAAGGAAGCUUGCUAAUAAGGAGGAUAUCGAGGAUGUUCGACGGGAGGUGCAGAUCAUGCACCACCUUACCGGGCAACCAAACAUUGUUGAGUUGAAAGGAGCUUAUGAAGAUAAGCAAUCAGUGCAUUUGGUGAUGGAGCUUUGCGCCGGAGGUGAGCUUUUUGAUCGGAUUAUUGCUAAGGGGCAUUAUACGGAGCGCGCUGCUGCUUCUCUGCUGAGGACCAUUGUUCAGAUUGUUCAUACAUUUCAUUCUAUGGGUGUGGUCCAUAGAGAUCUCAAGCCAGAGAAUUUUCUCUUGUUGAGCAAGGAUGAAAAUGCGCCUCUCAAGGCAACUGAUUUCGGCCUCUCUGUGUUCUUCAAGCAAGGUGAGGUGUUUAGGGACAUAGUUGGGAGUGCUUACUACAUAGCACCAGAAGUCCUGAGAAGAAGAUAUGGACCAGAAGUUGAUAUUUGGAGUGUGGGAGUCAUGCUCUAUAUUCUCCUCUGUGGAGUUCCUCCUUUCUGGGCCGGUACUUUUUCUCUUCUUCUUAGUUUCUGUUCAUCCUCAAUGGCUAGAGUUUGUUUAAUUUCUGUCUCUUUUUGGCUAUUACCAGAGACUGAACAUGGAAUUUUCAAUGCAAUCCUGAGAGGACAAGUUGAUUUUAGUAGUGAUCCAUGGCCAAAAAUUUCUGCUGGUGCAAAAGAUUUGGUCAAGAAGAUGCUAACAUCAGACCCCAAGCAAAGAAUAACAGCAUUUGAAGUCCUUAAUCAUCCAUGGAUCAAAGAGGAUGGAGAAGCACCUGAUACACCACUAGACAAUGCUGUUCUUAACAGGCUGAAACAAUUCAGAGCAAUGAACAAGUUCAAGAAAGCUGCUCUGAGGGUGAUUGCAGGCUGUUUAUCAGAGGAAGAGAUAAGGGGGUUGAAGGAGAUGUUCAAGAACAUGGACACAGAUAACAGUGGAAGCAUAACACUAGAAGAACUGAAGCAAGGGCUACAAAAGCAAGGAACAAAGCUCACUGAGAGUGAAGUCAAACAACUAAUGGAAGCCGCUGAUGCCGAUGGUAAUGGAACUAUUGACUAUGAGGAAUUUAUCACAGCGACAAUGCACAUAAACCGAAUGGACAGAGAAGACCAUCUCUACAAAGCGUUUCAGUACUUUGAUACAGACAACAGUGGAUACAUAACCAAAGAGGAGCUCGAGCAAGCUCUCAAGGCACAAGGAUUGUAUGAUGGUCGUGAAAUAAAGGACAUUAUCUCUGAUGCUGAUGCCGACAAUGAUGGAAGAAUCAACUAUGAGGAGUUCGUGGCAAUGAUGAGGCAAGGGAACCCAGAGCCAAACAACCCGAAGAAAAGGCGUGACGUUUUUAUCUCCUAAGAGGCAUGGUUUAGUGGACGGAGAACUGUUCACCUACAUAGAACCAUUAACAAAGAUGUUCGCCAGUGAGGGUGCAUUCAUAAUGGUCUUGGAGUAUUCAUGAUGCUAAAAUGUAAGAACAUCAGCAUAUAUUGGUCAUGAAUCACAUCCAUUAAGUCUCAUGUAAAAUAACCUAGACCUUUGUUGAGGACUGAAAGGGGCUGGUUUUAUUUAGAUUCAAGGGGUAAAGGAUGUUAAGCUAAUGCUAGUAUAAAUGAGGGUACAUUAAAUAGUAUAUAUUUUUCUUCUUAGUUGCAGAUAAUGAUUAAUUUCAAGUUCAG